GCCUCUCUCUCGUUCUCUCUCUCUCUCUCUCUCUCUCUACUCUCAGUCACUUUCUCUCUCUACUGUUAGGGCGCGCAGGGUCUCGCAGUCACGGGACGACCGUGAAAACGAAAGAGGAGUCGCCGGGGGAGCCACUUAAAGGCAAAAUCGAGAAGUUUCCUCCUUCAAUUUUCUGUGUUUUUUAAAUUUUUAUUUAGUGAGUAAUAUUUUUCUGAAUUCCCUAAAUGCAGUCGCUGUUCUUCUAUAAAUUUCCCAAUUUUCUUCGUCCUUUGAAUUCCCUCGCUCCCUCCUCUUCUCCCAUCGCUCCGUUGCUUCUCCGAGUUUCGUCAUCGUCGUCCCUCUCAUCUGUCGCCAGAACCCUAGGGUUUUGUAGGAAACCGUCGACGGCGAGGCUUCCGGCGUCACUGAGGUCCCUGGGCGGGGGGAAUUUCCCGCCCGCCGGCGGCGUCGUUCCCGUGGCCAGCGCAAUGGGCGUGGCAGGGGACGAGGGGUCGCCUGCGAAGAGAUUCUGGGGCAAGUGCUGCCGGGAGAGUUUGUUCGCGAUGUACAGCCCGUUUCUGGUGGGGCUGGCGUCGGGAACGCUCGAGAUGGAGUCGUUCCAGCACUACGUCGCUCAGGAUGUGCAUUUCCUUCGGACGUUUGUGCGCGCGUAUGAGAUGGCGGAAGAAUGCGCGGAUGAUGACGACGCGAAAGCGUCGAUCUGUGAGUUGAGAGAUGCGGUUGUCGAAGAGCUCAAAAUGCACAAUUCAUUUGCUGAGGCAUGGGGUGUUAAGCUUCUUGAAGAAAGUGCUCCUAAUUCUGCGACAGCUAAAUACACUGAUUUCUUGUUGGCAACAGCUGCUGGCAAGGUUGAAGGGGGAAAGGUUCCAAGCAAAAUUGCUACGCCUUUUGAGAAGACUAAGGUUGCUGCCUACACUGUAGGUGCUAUGACCCCUUGCAUGAGGCUUUAUGCAUUUCUUGGUCGGGAAGUACAGCAAGUUCUGGAUCCUGAGGAUCAUAGCCACCCCUACCGGAAGUGGGUUGAAAAUUAUGCAUCUAAAAGUUUUGAGGCAUCAGCUCGGCAGACAGAGGAGUUGCUGGACAAACUCAGUGUUUCUUUGACAGGCGAAGAGCUUGAAGUCAUAGAAAGACUCUAUCAUCAGGCUAUGGAACUUGAAAUUGAAUUUUUUCAUUCGCCACCCAUGUCUCAUAGAAGUUUAGUCCCUUUUUCCAGGAUUCAUGACUCAGCGAAGCAGCAGUUUAUUGUCUUCUCUGACUUCGAUUUGACGUGUACUACCGUCGAUUCAUCUGCCGUUUUAGCAGAGCUUGCUAUAUUAACUGCUCCAAAAGUGGAACCUAGUGAGCCUGAUAAUUUGAAUGUUAGGAAGUUAGCUGCAGAUCUGAAGAAAUCAUGGGAUGCAUUGUCCCAACAAUAUGCAGAGGAGUACGAGCAGUGUAUAGAAGAUAUGAUGCUAGUUAAAGAAGGUGAAGUUACAUCAUUUGAAAGCCUUUAUGAGGCACUUGAACGACUGUCUGCAUUUGAGAAACGUGCAAACUUGAGAGUUAUUGAAUCAGAAGUUCUGAAGGGACUGAAUUUGGAGUGUAUCAAGCGAGCAGGAGAGAAUUUAAGACUUCAAGAUGGUUGUGCAAAAUUUUUCCAGCAGCUUGUUCAGAAAAAAGAUGAGCUGAAUGCUGACAUUCAUAUAUUGUCUUACUGUUGGUGCAGAGAUCUUAUCCAGUCAGUCUUUAAGUCAGGUGGUCUUGAAGUUCUGAACAUACAUGCGAAUGAAUUUAUAUACGAGGAAUCCAUCUCUACUGGUAAAAUAGACACAAAGGUGGAAUCACCUACGGACAAGCUCCAAGUCUUUAAGGAUGCUUUGAAGCACAGCGGUGAUGAUGAUAAGCGUUCGUCAGUUUACAUUGGAGACUCUGUAGGAGACUUGCUUUGCCUCCUUGAGGCAGAUGUUGGCAUUGUUGUCGGUUAUAGCCCGAGCCUUAGGAGCUUGGGGGAAAGGUUUGGCGUUUCUUUUGUACCUUUGUUUCCAGCUGUGGUGAAAAGACAACGCGAGUUUGUUGGCGGAAGCUCUUCAAAACGCGAAUGGCCGAAGGGUGUUCUUUACACAGUCUCUAGCUGGAACGAAAUACAAGCCUUUAUUUUGGGAUAAUGAAUCAUCUGAAAAUGUUUUCUUUCCUUUUUGCUCCUCAUCAUUGAUCGGGAAUUUGGAAUGUUGAUCUGACUUUCGUAUCUAGAUACAGAAGUAGUCAUUGCUUGGUGGCUGAUUUUACAAGUGCCACUCUGUAGUUGGACACCUGCUCAAGAUUUCCAUGCGAUUGUGGAAUUUCCGCUGGUCAUCGGACGAUAGCAUGGUAUUUUUUGGGUGGGUUGUUCCAGCUUGUGCAAACCCUUAUUCUGGGAACCUGUAUGAUUACAUCUGACGUUUAGGAAUUGUUUUUUCUUUCGAAUUGUAAACGAUAAACAUGUGAAGUCUGGGAACAGGAUAUUCGUUGUACUGUAAAUGAUAAACAGCCCAAGUUUGUGCAACUCACAAAAUUUGAUCAAUAUUUUUGGAAUCGGUCAUGAAAUUGAA